AUGUAUCAGAUCCUCCUCUUCAUAUUCCUCUUUCUCGGCGGUUAUGUCCAUUAUCUGUGGAAAGCCGAGGCUGCCCUUCACGAACCGUGGGUUCCGGACGUAGGCGACCGACUCUUUAGCCAGCGACCUCUUCCCCCGUUUAAGGAAUUGUCUAGUAUAGCAACCUAUACCUUUCCUCUACGGACUCAGGGCCGGGAUAUCGUCGAUGCAACCGGCCGUCGCUAUAAACUCGCCAGUGUCAAUUGGUAUGGAGCGAGCGAUGAGCUCUUCAUCCCCGGCGGACUCGAAGUACAGCAUCGGUCCGUGAUUGCUGAAACUAUUCGCAUGCUGGGCUUCAACAGCGUACGCUUACCUUACUCGGACGAAAUGGUCAUCCGCAACCCGCAUAUCCUUCCUCACCUUCUCACCGCCAAUCCCGACCUCGUAGGUCUACGCGCUCUCGAUAUACUUCAAGCCGUUGUUGAGGCAUUGACCGAUGCCGGCAUCGCUGUCAUCCUCAACAAUCACAUCACAAGUGCGACGUGGUGCUGCGGCGCUGAUCCGUGCGACGCCGGCUGGGCCAACGACCAAUUCGGCCCCUUGUGCAAAAUCUCACAGACCGAGGAGGAGUGGAUACAACAUUGGGAGACAAUCAUGAAGCCGUUUGUGAAUAAUCCAAGGGUUAUCGGCGCCGACCUCAGGAACGAGGUCCGCGGCGUCUGGGGCACCAUGUCGUGGAAUCGCUGGGCGGACGCUGCCGAGAAAUGCGGAAACAGGCUCCUCAAGAUGAACAGCGACUGGCUGAUCGUCGUCGGCGGGACCGAGUCCGGGAACGAUCUGACGAAGGUAAGCGAGCGGCCAAUCAAACUCGAUGUGGCGGAUCGCGUCGUGUACUCGGCGCACGUGUACGCGUGGUCUGGAUGGGGUAGCCGGGAGGGCCGGUACGCGAAGCGCAGCUACGCGUCCUUCAUCCAGGCGAUGCGCCAGAACUGGGCGUACCUAGUCGAAGACAACGUGGCGCCCGUCUGGGUGGGCGAAUUCGGCGCACCGCACCAUCCCGGCGCCGGCGACGCAAAUUACUGGCGGAACCUGCUGCGGUACCUCAAGCGCAUCGACGCCGACUUCGGGUACUGGGCCAUCAACCCGCGCAAGCCGAAAGACAACGUCCAGGAGUCAUACGCGCUCGUGCACGACGACUGGAUCACGCCGAUUCUGGAUUAUCGCAUGCGUGAUAUGACGGAGUUGAUUGCCGGCUCAGGAGAGGGUGGUGUUGGCGAGUAUACGUCGGAUGGGGGCAAGAGCUUUGGCCCGGGAGGUAUGUAG